AUGCAGCAUCCUACCUUGACCUCAGACCCAUUCUUUCAUCUAUUUCAUCGGUUUUUCAUUACAGUAUCAAGUUCCUUUGAUGGAAGAAUAGCAAAGCGGGUCGGCGAGCUAGCACCGAUUGCGAAUGUCCUGGACGAAUGGGACAGGGCCAAUGAAUCUAUAUCAGAACUCAAUGCCUUGCUUUUUGACCCGGACACAGAUCUUGAGCUCAAAUCCCUGGCCAUAGAAGAUUUGGAGACCGUCAAGGCUGCUUUGCCGACUAUAUCAGAGAACUUGAAAAAGGCCCUUGUCCCCCGUCACCCUUUUGCAGCGCUCCCUUGCCUUCUCGAGAUACGGCCUGGCGCAGGUGGAGAUGAGGCGGGACUUUUCGCCUUCGAACUCCUGAGGAUGUAUACUGCAUUUUGCUCUCGCCGCGGUUUUCGGUCCAAUGUUAUUAAGCUAGAAGUGGGAGACGGCCCCGCGGAGGAUCGGCUAAAUGAAGCAGUAAUGGAAGUUGAGGCAGAUGGGGCUUAUGAGAUACUCAGAACCGAGUCGGGGGUACACCGGGUGCAGAGAGUUCCGGCAACGGAGACUAAGGGACGUACCCACACCAGUGCUGUGAGUGUGAUGGUUCUUCCUAGCUUCCCCGAGACAGGAGGUGCCAUGGAUAACGCUCUCAAUUUUGAUGACCCAAACAGUGAUUACUAUGUUGAUCCCCAGGAGGUUCGUAGCGAGAAGAUGCGAGCUGGUGGUGCGGGGGGGCAGCACGUGAACAAGACAGAGUCAGCUAUUCGCUUGACUCACAUGCCCACAGGUAUCGUUGUCUCCAUGCAGGAUUCCCGAUCUCAACAUGCAAACCGCAAAAAAGCCUGGCAGAUAUUACGCGCUAGAUUAGCCGAGGCGAGGCAAGAAGCUCGCGAACAGAAAUUCGUGGAACUCAGAAGAGGGGUGUUGGGGGGUGUUGCUCGUAUGGGCCGUGGGGACAAAAUUCGCACGUACAAUUAUGGCCAGAGUCGUUGCACAGACCACCGGAGUAGCAUCACCAUACAUAAUUUGAAUGAUGUUUUGGAUGGUGGUGAAGGCCUCGAAACUGUCAUGGAGAGUGUACGGUCCUGGCUAAUUGACCAAGAAGUUGCAGCUCUGGUUGCUGACGAGCUAGCGAAAGACAAGGAAGCCUCACGCCCAUAA